GACUCUAAAUGGCUGCUAGGAAGUCUGAUACCCACAACAAUGGUGAGUGUGUCUCUCUUUCUGCCUCUUCAUCUUCUCCAUCCAUCUGCUCAUUUUGGUGUCAUUUUCAUUCAGGCCUUCUUCUCAACCUGUUUUUCCAGGACCCAUUAGCUACCUUGAUGACGUUCCCUUCAAAAUCAACGAUAAGUUCCGCUGCCCUGCCAAAGUGGGGCUUCCCGUUGGCAUCUGCCUGCCCGACUGUGGUUCUGUGCUCGCCGACCUGCAGGUAAGUCUUCUGACUUCUGGCACUGUUGCAUCAAGGGUUUCAAGGACUGGGAUGCUAGAGGGUGAUUUGUAUAGCACCCCCUUUAUAUUUGUCUGGGAUCCUUAAAGUUAAGAAAAAUCCCAAACCGAAACGCUUUAAAAGGAAAUCUACAAUUACGGUCACAGUGCAGUUAUCACAAAACAUUAUUUUCCGUGUUAUAGCCUAACUAGACGAUUAGGCUAUAAAGGCCUGGGGAAAGUUUUAUAAUUUAAAGGUUGACACAGCGAUAUGAUCUAGAUGAAGAAAGUAAAUGGCAUAGGCCUAGUUGGUCAAAUUCCGUAACAGCUAAGAGCGUUGAAGCGCGAGGCUCAACUUCUCCGCUGUUUUGGUGCCCUCGCUACCACACUGUGAACAGCGUGAAGCGAACCCAUGCACAUGCCCAGAUACUGUGUGUGACCGUGAGAGCGAAGUGUUCCAUCUCUCUCAUCAAAAUAUCCUAGCCUAUUCAUUGAUGAUAGGCCCUGGUUUACUGAAGUUGCGAGACAUUGCAAGCCAAGAAAUUGUGAGAGAAAGCAUUGUAUUGCGAGAUACAGCUUUUGAUUGCCGAUAGAUAUGCUUAGUGCACAGUUCUGACUCUGUCUGCCUGGUGGCCGACCUGCCUAUACUGUGCCCCUCCCCUCUCCGUCCCUUGCUAGCGCGCUAUGAAAGAUGCAAGUGUUUGUGUUCUCGGAAGUACGGCAACUAAUUAGUCUCCUCCGUUUGAAAAAUACUGAAUCUUGACACUCAGAAAUGGGAGUCGACACGGAGUCGACGUGCAAGGAGUUGAGGAAUCAAUUAUUUUGGAGUCGACGUGCAAGGAGUUGAGGAAUCAAUUAUUUUGGAGUCGACGCUCCACCACUACGUCGUUGUCGUUAACAGUUGGAAAAAUGGAGUAGAAAGGCAAGCGACAGCCAUGAAGUCCAGUAUAGGAAUACUGUGAUAAUGUAUUUGUUUGUUUUAGGGGGUGGAUCAGCUUUAAUAUUGCAUAUAGAUUGUGGCUUCUAUCAAUGUAAUUGUCUGCGUAAUUUCCAAUCCCCCUUUUAUUUAUAUAUAUGCUUUUCCAAAAGUCUUGAAGGAGUUCCCACAUAUGCUGAGCACUUGUUGGCUGCUUUUCCUUCACUCUGCCGUCCGACUCAUCCCAAACCAUCUCAAUUUGGUUGAUGUUGGGGGAUUGUGGAGGCCAAGUCAUCUGACGCAGCACUCCAUCACGCUCCUUCUUGGUAAAAUAGCCCUUACACAGCCUGGAGGUGUGUUGGGUCAUUGUCCUGUUGAAAAACAAAUGAUAGUCCCACUAAGCCCAAACCAGAUGGGAUGGCUUAUCGCUGUGGAAGCCAUGCUGGUUAAGUGUGCCUUGAAUUCUAAAUAAAUCACAGUGUCACCAGCAAAGCACCCCCACACCAUAACACCACCUCCUCCAUGCUUUACGGUGGGAACUACACAUGCAGAGAUACAAUGCAUUGCUAAAGUAUUCAUCCUGCUUAGCGUUUUUCCUAUUUUGUUGCAUUACAACCUGUAAUUUAAAUGGAUUUUUAUUUGGAUUUCAUGUAAUGGACAUAUUUCAAAUUGGUGAAGUGAAAUGAAAAAAAUUGUUUCCAAAAAUUAAUAACGGAAAAGUGGUGCGUGCAUAUGUAUUCACCCCCUUUGAUAUGAAGCCCCUAAAUAAGAUCUGGUGCGACCAGUUACCUUCAGAAGCCACAUAAUUAGUUAAAUUAAGUCCACUUGUGUGCAAUGUAAGUGUCACAUGAUCUCAGUGUAUGUGUGUGUAUAUAUACACCUGUUCUGAAAGGCCCCAGAGUCUGCAACACCACUAAGCAAGGGGCACCACCAAGCAAGCAGCACCAUGAAGACCAAGGAGCUCUCCAAACAGGUCAAGGACAAAGUUGUGGAGAAGUACAGAUCAGGGUUGGGUUAUAAAAAAAAAAAUCAGAAACUUUGAACAUCCCACGGAGCACCAUUUAAAUCCAUUAUUAAAAAAUUGAAAGAAUAUGGCACCACAACAAACCUGCCAAGAGAGGGCCGCCCACCAAAACUCACGGACCAGGCAAGGAGGGCAUUAAUUAGAGGCAAUAAAGAGACCAAAGAUAACCCUGAAGGAGCUGCAAAGCUCCACAGCGGAGAUUAGCGUAUCUGUCCAUAGGACCACUUUAAGCCGUACACUCCACAGAGCUGGGCUUUACGGAAGAGUGGCCAGAAAAAAAGCCAUUGCUUAAAGAAAAAAAUAUACACGUUUGGUGUUCGCCAAAAGGCAUGUGGGAGACUCCCCAAACAUAUGGAAGAAGGUACUCUGGUCAGAUGAGACUAAAAUGUAGCUUUUUGGCCAUCAAGGAAAAACGCUAUGUCUGGUGCAAACCCAACACCUCUCAUCACCCCGAGAAUACCAUCCCCACAGUGAAAGCAUGGUGGUGGCAGCAUCAUGCUGUGGGGAUGUUUUUCAUCAGCAGGGACUGGGAAACUGGUCAGAAUUGAAGGAAUGAUGGAUGGCACUAAAUAGAGGGAAAUUCUUGAGGGAAACCUGUUUCAGUCUUCCAGAGAUUUGAGACUUGGACGGAGGUUCACCUUCCAGCAGGACAAUGACCCUAAGCAUACUGCUAAAGCAACACUCGAGUGGUUUAAGGGGCAACAUUUAAAUGUCUUGGAAUGGCCUAGUCAAAGCCCAGACCUCAAUCCAAUUGAGAAUCUGUGGUAUGACAAAGAUUGCUGUACACCAGCGGAACCCAUCCAACUUGAAGGAGCUGGAGCAGUUUUGCCUUGAAGAAUGGGCAAAAAUCCCAGUGGCUAGAUGUGCCAAGCUUAUAGAGACAUACCCCAAAAGACUUGCAGCUGUAAUUGCUACAAAAGGUAUUGACUUAGUUAUGCACGCUCCAGUUUUCUGUUUUUUUGUCUUAUUUCCUGUUUUGUUUCACACAAAAAAAUAUUUUGCAUCUUCAAAGUAGUAGGCAUGUUGUUUAAAUGAAAUGAUACAAACCCCCCAAAAAUCAAUUUUAAUUCCAGGUUGUAAGGCAACAAAAUAGGAAAAAUGCGAAGGGGGGUGAAUACUUUCGCAAGCCACUCUACUCCUCAUGAAUGAGACAUAUCUCAUGACUUAAUCAAUCCGACAGAAUCUGGUUAAUCUCCAUUCCUUUAGUCCCGUGGCUGCUGCUGCUCACUAACUAGUCCUGCUGGUUCUCUCUCUUCCCUCUUCUCUGGGCACUGCAGUAUGACUUCUCCCUGGAGAGGCGGAGCGUGCGCUGGGGGGCGGAGCUGGCUGAGGCCAGGGCGGCGGAGGCCCGAGCUGCAGAGGCGGCCAGGGCGGAGCUAGAGAGCAGGGAGCACUCGGCCCCUGCCCAGGACCCUGACGGGGGAUUGGCCUGCGGGGGGAAGAGACCAUGCCCUGCCGAGGAGCAGGAAGCUCUCCCGCCCGCGAUGAACCCGCUGAUGGCCAGCUUGCACCACAACGCUAUUCUCACCCCGCUGCCUGCCCCAGCCAGGCAGACCGCUCCCAGCAUCCCGACCCCACAGUACCUUAACCUGGCUGACUUUGAGCGCGAGGAGGACCCCUUUGACAAGCUGGAGCUCAAGACACUGGACGAUAGGGAGGAGCUGCGCAACAUCCUCCAGAGCCAGCCACAGCCCCAGCAGCAGCCGCAGUCUGUAUCCCCGCCUGAGGCACCCCAACCCAGGCCAGCAUCGCGAGGCAGCACCCCUCCACCCCAGCUCCUCGCCACCAGCCUUCCAGCCAAAACGGGCUUUGCCCACAAACCCAACGGGCUGGUGGCGCUACUGGACAUGGACAGAGCUGGGGAUCUGUCUCGGGGACAGACAAUGGACCCUGACCGGCCCUGCAACAUCCGCUCGCUGACCUUCCCUAAGCUGUCAGACCCCGGGGACUCCUACUGUCCGCCGCCUGUACCACGUAGCCUACCCAACGGCAGCCCACCGGCACCCCAGCAGAAGACAGAGGAGCCACCCAGUCACACCCAACACACCAAAAAUGGGGCACCAAAGCAGGUGAGCUUUGCACGCACACACAUGCGUAGUGGGCCCUGCUUAGUUUCAAUUACUAAAUGUUUUGUGGACAACAGGAAGAUAUAUAUAUUUACCCUUAUACAGAUAUGACGCUACAACUCUCUCUCCCUCAAUAGAUAAGUGCAGGUCCUCCGCCUCUCCCGUGCAGCGGGGCGCUGCUCAGCCUGUCCCCCAGUGAGCGGCAAUGUGUGGAGACCAUAGUGGCCAUGGGCUACUCUUACGAAGGGGUCCUGCGGGCCAUGCAGAGGCGAGGCCAGAACGUGGAGCAGGUGCGCCCCUCCGCUCUCCCUCCUCCCGACCACAGCAGCCUAGGCCCAUUUCUCCAUAGAGAUCAAUUAUAAAGAAAUGUUCUAUUUUAUUAUUUGAUGUCACUCACUCACUGCCCAUUGCGCCCAGGUGAUUGUGUGUCAUGGUUGACUCUGAAAUCAUCAGGUGCCUGCGUUAUGUGAUUGUGUGUGUUCACAACAUGUGGCUUUAGAAGUCCACCAGGCAACAAAAUGGGGAUGGUGGUUGUGAAUAAAUACAUUGAAUUUACGCAGCGUUUUUUGUCUCGACACACCAUCCACCACCUUGGUUUAAUGCCACCCUCAACACUAUGAUGACAUCAGACACAACAGACAUGUUAGGGGCUUGUUAACAGUGAAUAAACAUUCGCCAACAAUGUCAUGAUAUGCAGUGGAAUUUUGACAGUUUGCCAGCUAGCUUUAUUUGGCUACCUAUCCUCAAGCAUCACUCGAGUACAAUAUUGUGGAUUUAGCUAUCCCUAUAAUCAACAAAGAAUAUUAAGGGACAGUUAGAAAAUUACUGGGGUGAGGGGACUGGUCCAAAAUAGGGGAGGGUUGUCAAACUUUUUUUUUUCUUUUGGGAGGGUUGUGUUUAAAAAAAUAUUGGGAACUGGAGGGUAGUGCGUUUUUUUCCCCCUGGUUUACUUUUGCUCUUUUGCAGGUUUGACUAUAAUUUCUAAUAUCCUAGCCAAAUUUCCUCAUCUGCUUGCAUAUGAAGGUGUUUUGGUACUUCCGUUAUGCUUUAACUUUUACUAUACCACAGGUCAAUGUAGUCUACCAGUCUAACUGUCUAUCCUGCCUCUAUCCACCAUUCAUAGUGACAAUAGUGGUAGGUGGAUCGUUUGUCCAGAUCUGCAAUAGGCUAACUAGCAAUCAUACCACACAUAAAAUCAUUUAAAGCUGCACCAAUUUUCAAUAUAAAGUGAAGACAUGAGACACGCAGUUCAAAAAGCUCCCCUAUUGAUCAUUUUUCUGGGAAAAAUACAAGUAUCUAGACUAGCUUACAACACCACAUUGUAAUGAAUAAUUGCAUUAUUGUUUUUGAGUACAAAAUUCUACUUUAGGCUGUAUACAGCAUUGAAAAUGUCAUUUGAAUUGAAUUUACUUCUGAUACUGAGAUAUGCUGUGUGUUGCAGCUGAUUAUUCUCCCAAGUCAUCCUAUAAUAAUGUGGCCACAUAUGCUCCCAGCAUGCCCAAUUAUUCAGGAAAGCUCAACGCACGCUCUGUUCUGCCUCCUCCGAUCCGACCGACAACCUUACACUCUGAUUGUAGUUUAAUGACAGACAGGGAGAGGGAGCUUGACUGUGGUGGUUGGCGAACCCUCAACUUUCUGGCCGAUAGCCCUGCGACUGUGCCACAAAAGCAUGCUGAAAAGGCAAAGUUGAUAUCCACGUUUAUAAACACAGGGUCAAUACAAUUAUUGUUAAUUGUGUUCAUAAACAUUUUGAGUUAAUUCAAUGAAGGUGGGAGGAUGUGCACUUUUUUUACAGUACGGGGGUGGUCGUCAUGUGAAAAUAUUCUUUACGUUUGGGAGGGUGGUAAAAAAUGUUUUUCUGGAAAGAUGGCUAGGUGGGACAAACACAUUUCAGUCACAUACAGUGCCUUCAGAAAGUAUUCAUACCCCUUAAGUUAUUCCACAUAAUGGAUUAAAGAUGUAAUAUGCAGAAAUCGCUCCGCCAUUUCCUGGUUGCAAAAAUUCUAGUUGUUUGCCUAAUUUCUUGUUUGUGACAAAACAAGCAAGUAUAGUGUAGAGAAUCAUUUUACCAUCUAAACCGGUGUGAAAUCUUUUCCAUAACCAAAAAUGUUGUAUUUUCAGCUGUUUGAACCUGGUGUACAAGACCGGAAGUAAAAGACGCAAAACGAAACUUAAAAAUGGGAAGCAUGGAAGUAGCGCACAUAGAACAGAUCUACUGCUUCUUAGACUUGAGGAUAACAGAUGAGAAUCAAAUCAAAUGUUAUUGGUCACAUACACAUUUAGCAGAUGUUAUUGCGGGUGUAGCGAAAUGCUUGUAAAAAAUUAUUUCCAGCUGUAUGUAAUAACUCAAAACGUGUUCUGGGCUAAUAAUGUUUAAAAAAAACGAAAUACUGCAAAGUUGCUUAGGAGCUAGAACCAGAGCUGCCAUGUCUGUCGGAGACAUCUUACCCAGAUCUAUAACUCACAUUUCUGUUAAUUUUGUCGGGUUGCCCAAAAAGUUACUUAUUGCAGCUUUAAAUAUAUUUUUUUUCUCACCCAUUUAUCUAUCCUGUUGCCUAGUCACUAUAUACCUACCUUUAUGUACAUACAGUGCCUUCAGAAAGUAUUCAUACCCCUUGACUUAUUCCACAUUGUGUUGUUACAGCCUGAAUUCCAAAUUGGAUUAAAUAAACUCAGCAAAAUAAGAAACGUCCUCUCACUGUCAACUGCAUUUAUUUUCAGGAAACUUAACAUGUGUAAAUAUUUGUAUGAACAUAAGAUUCAACAACUGAGACAUAAACUGAAGAAGUUCCAUAGACAUGUGACUAACAGAAAUUGAAUAAUAAUGUGUCCCUGAACGAAGGGGGGGGGGGGGGGUCAAAAGUAACAGUCAGUAUCUGGUGUGGCCACCAGCUGCAUUAAGUACUGCAGUGCAUCUCCUCCUCAUGGACUGCACCAGAUUUGCCAGUUCUUGCUGUGAGAUGUUACCCCACUCUUCCACCAAGGCACCUGCAAGUUCCCGGACAUUUCUGGGGGGAAUGGCCCUAGCCCUCACCCUCCGAUCCAACAGGACCCAGACGUGCUCAAUGGGAUUGAGAUCCGGGCUCUUCGCUGGCCAUGGCAGAACACUGACAUUCCUGUCUUGCAGGAAAUCACGCACAGAACGAGCAGUAUGGCUGGUGGCAUUGUCAUGCUGGAGGGUCAGGAUGAGCCUGCAGGAAGGGUAUCACAUGAGGGAGGAGAAUGUCUUCCCUGUAACGCACAGCGUUGAGAUUGCCUGCAAUGACAACAAGCUCAGUCCAAUGAUGCUGUGACACACUGCCCCAGACCAUGACGGACCCUCCACCUCCAAAUCGAUCCCGCUCCAGAGUACAGGCCUCGGUGUAACGCUCAUUCCUUCGACGAUAAACGCAAAUCCGACCAUCACCCCUGGUGAGACAAAACCGCGUCUCGUCAGUGAAGAGCACUUUUUUGCGAGUCCUGUCUGGUCCAGCAACAGUAGGUUUGUGCCCAUAGGCGACAUUGUUGCCGGUGAUGUCUGGUGAGGACCUGCCUUACAACAGGCCUACAAGCCCUCAGUCCAGCCUCUCUCAGCCUAUUGCGGACAGUCUGAGCACUGAUGGAGGGAUUGUGCGUUCCUGGUGUAACUCUGGCAGUUGUUGCCAACCUGUACCUGUCCCGCAGUUGUGAUGUUCGGAUAUACCGAUCCUGUGCAGGUGUUGUUACACUUGGUCUGCCACUGCGAGGACGAUCAGCUGUCCGUCCUGUCUCCCUGUAGUGCUGUCUUAGGCGUCUCACAGUACGGACAUUGCAAUUUAUUGACCUGGCCACAACUGCAGUCCUCAUGCCUCCUUGCAGCAUGCCUAAGGCACAUUCACGCAGAUGAGCAGGGACCCUGGGCAUCUUUCUUUUGGUGUUUUUCAGAGUCAGUAGAAAGGCCUCUAGUGUCCUAAGUUUUCAUAACUGUGACCUUAAUUGCCCACCGUCUGUAAGCUGUUAGUGUCUUAACGACCCUUCCACAGGUGCAUGUUCAUGAAUUGUUUGGUUCAUUGAACAAGCAUAGGAAACAGUGUUUAAACCCUUUACAAUGAAGAUCUGUGAAGUUAUUUGCAUUUUUACAAAUUAUCUUUGAAAGACAGGAUCUUGAAAAAGGGACGUUUCUUUUUUUUGCUGAGUUUAGAUUCACACGCAUUACCCCAUAAUGACAAACGUGUUUAGACAAUUCAUUUACAUAAGUAUUCACAUUCCUGAGUCAAUACUUUGAAGAAGCAUCUUUGGCAGUGAUUACAGCUUUGAGUCGUCUUGGGUAUGUCUAUCAGCUUUGCACAUCUGGAUUUGGGGAUUUCCUCCCAUUCUUCUGUGCAGAUUUUCUCAAACUCUGUUAAGUUAGAUGGGGAGCGGCGGUGAACAGCAAUCUUCAAGUCUUUCCACAGAUUUUAAAUGGGAUUCAAGUCUGGGCUUUGGCUGGGCCACUCAAGGACUUUCACAUUAUUUUUCUAAAGCCAUUGCGGUGUUGAUUUGGCUGUAUGCUUGGGGUCAUUGUCCUGUUGGAAUGUAAAUCUUCACCCCCAGUCUAAGGUUGAACCACCCUUAUGUAUGUAUUUUAAUAAUUAUCUAAUAAAUUCAAUCGAUCAGUCCCUGCCGCUGAAAAGCAUCCCCAUAUCGCAGCGUUUCCCAAACUCGGUCCUCGGGACCGUAAGGGGUGCACGUUUUGGUUUUUGCCCUAGCACUACACAGCUAAUUCAAAGCUUGAUUAUUUUAAUCAGCUGUGUAGUGCUUGGGCAAAAACGUGCACCCCUUGAGGUCCCGAGGACAGAGUAUGGGAAACCCUGCAAUAGCAUGAUGUUGCUACCACCAUGCUUCACAAUAGGGAAGGUAUUAGACUGGUGAUGAGCUGUGCCUGGUUUUGUCCAGACAUAGCGCUUUGCGUUCAGGCCAAAAGGUUACAUUUUUGUCUCAUCAAACAGAAUAUUUUGUCUUAUGCUCUGAGUCUUUCGCGUGCCUUUAUGCAAACUCCAGGCGUGCUGUCAUAAGCCUUUUUCUCAGGAGUGGCCACUCUUUCAUAAAGCCCAGAUUGGUGAAGUGCUGUAGAGACUGUUGUUUUUCUUGCAGGUUCUCCCAUCUCAGCCAAGGAACUCUAUAGUUAUGUCAGUGGUCAUUGGGUUCUUGGUCACCUUGCUGACCAAGGUCCUUCUUGCACGGUUGCUCAGUUUGGUCGGACGGCCAGCUCUUGGCAGAGUCUGGGUAGUUCCGUAUUUUUUUCAAUUUCCGAAUGAUGGAGACCACUGAAACUUUCAACGCUCAAUUGUUUUAUACCCUUCCACAAAUAUGCCUCAUUACAAUUCUGACUUGCAUUGUCAACUGUGGGACCUUAAAUAGACAGGUGUUUCUUUCUAAAUCAUGUCCAAACAAUUGAAUUAGCCACAGUUGGACUCAAAUUGAAUGCACCUGAGCUCAAUUUGGAGUGUCAUAGUAAAGGGGUUUGAAUACUUAUUGAAAUGAGGUUUCUGUAUUUCAUUUUCACUAAAUUAGCAAAAAAAUCUCUUCCACUUUCUCAUUCCGGGGUAUUGUGUGUAGAUGGGUGAGGAAAAAAAUCUAUUUAAUCAAUUUUGAAUUUAGGCUGUAACACAACAAAAUGUGGAAUAAGUCAAGGGGUAUGAAUACUUUCUGAAGGCACUGUUAUCUCUUUCAAGAUGUAUGAACCUUGGGGGUGAAUUUGGUCACCUCAUAUUUGCGUUCAUAAUUAGCUUGCUCUCUGCUUAGGGAGUGAACGUUAAUUAUAAUAAGGGUUACAUGGAGAAAUAUCUGACCCCUCUGAAAUGAAAAUGGAUGGCUUCAGCAAAAUAUAUUUUACCUAAACCCUCCCUGAACGCUUGAAAAACCAAACAAGUGACACUCCUCAAUACCCAAAAUAAUAAUUAAAACAAAGUGGAUAGCAGAGAACGUCUACUAUUUUACCCUCACUUCUUGGACAGACCAGAGCCAUAGAUAUGCAGUUUUAGAAACUGUUCUUCGUCCUGUAAGCAUUAUAUGAAAACGCAGGAAUUUUGAUAGCGCACAGGGCUGCGGGCCAGAAGGUUGUGGGUUCGCAGACCACCGUGGACAAGAGUAGGGGUGGAAAGAUCUCCUUUUAUAGUAAAAGCAUUGCAUGAAUCUAUCAUAUUUGCAGGCCCAAGAAAAAAUAUGUAUUUUUAUUAAAAUGUCAUGUAAUUCAACGUCAUUUUACAGAUUAGCAGAAUCUUUCUUAAUAUCACACAAAUUACCGAAAUUACAAGAUAAGAAUGGACAAAGAUAGGCCUAUGUGUAUAUCUAAUCAUAUUUCUCCAAUGCCAAAUGAGUAGGUCUUGUUUGCAAUAAAUUGUCACUGUUUGCAAAUAAUUCAAUCUGAGACGUCGUUAGGAAUCUGAGCAUAGUACUUUCAAAAGUUAGGCCUACCUUUCCACCCCAGACAAAGUAGGCCUACCGACACAGAAAAAUGUAAACUUUAACUGCCUGCUACUCUUCUUCCAAAGUUUUUUAUUUUUUUAUUUUUUUAUCUCAUCGGCUAUAGAAGGUUGUAGCUCAGCCUCUAAAUGUCAAAGAAAUGAAACAAUGAUAUUCCCAUAUGGAUUGGAGUCACGUCUUUCCCGGGUAUUGUCCAGCUUGUUUCUAGUGUAAAGCAUUGCGGACCAAAGCGCUGUUAUAGAUCACUUUUAUAUAAUCAGAUCCGUUUAAUUUUCUUGAAAAUCUUAAACUAACAAGGGGGUAGGCCUGUGGUUUUUGACAUUUUCUUUAAUAAAAGGUAGGCCUAUGGCAAUUAGUCUUGGUUUUAAUUUAACAGCCCUUCACUGACACCGAGGUAGGAUAUUUAAAGAGUGGAUGGUGGGUGGAGGAAUUGACAGACAAAUCUAUGGAUAUAUCAGCCUAUAGCCUAAUUCCUCCUGUCAAACAGGUAGGCCUACCUCUUAUUUCUUUAAAUAGGAAGAAAUAGGCUCCAACACAAAGCCGUCUUGGUUUGUCAAGUCUAAUUUAAAAUGAAGACUGUUGAAAUGAAUGAUGCCUACUCACCAUUUCCGAUUGAUUGUGCUACUGCUUCAAGUUUCAGCACCACAGUGUAAGUUACUCGAAUCUGGCUUAUCUGGUCAAUAACUUGGAUAAUUACAUCAUGGACAAACAUUUAAGUGUAGCAGCUAUCAAAGUUGAGCUCCGGUCCUCCUCAUCUUCGCGCUCUCCUUCUCAAACUGAACAGGCUAUAGACUAGUCCGCACGCAAAAAGUGGAUGUUUUGGACUAGGCCUAAUCAACAAACAAAACAAAUCAGCAGAAGCCUUUGACUCUCCUUCUGAACUGCCACCGUAGGCCUAUACAGCAUAUCCAUUGGUUAUGCAGCACACAAAAUAACUUGUAUUAUUAUCAGCAAGCGCAGUCAGGUGCUCAGGGUUGGAAUAUCCAUUGCCAUGUGUAAUGCAGCCUAGUUGUAUUUACACCAUCCUACCAGCUAUCUUAGAAAUAUAACUUUGCUCUGUGCUUCUCCGAGCAUGCACUUCGUAGCCUAUAGCCCAUAGGCUAUGGAUCAUUUGAUUGGGACCACACUAAAUAGCCUAUAGGCACACUUGUAUUGCGUGCCCAGCGGAGAAUCAGAGAUGAGGGGCGGCAUCAGGCACACGAUAUAUAGCCUAAUAAGCAACUAAUUCUAAAACCUGACAAAUUACAUGACCCUCCCCGGGACUGAAAUUGAAAUAGCAUGACCCUCCCCCAUUUUCCUCCAGGUAACCAUUCUCUAAAUGUCGAUCAAUCCCUUAGCUAGCAGAUAAAGUCUGGCCUUACACAGGAAGCCCACACCUAAAGAUCAACAAUAUCUGUCGUCCUGUGACCCAGGUGCUGGAGUACCUGUUUACUCAUGCCCGUCUUUGUGAGCGGGGAUUUGAUCCCAGUGCCAUAGAGGAGUGCUUAGAUAUGUUCCAAAACUCUGAAGAGAAGGUAAGUCCACCCACAGUCUCAUCUCUCUCACACACAGAUAUGCCUGUUUCUACAGAUGCACUCAACAUGCCAAAGAUGCUAAUAUCCAGCUAAUAACUCUUAUCUGUGAUGCAUUCGAACACAGAAAUGUAGAGUGGCCUAAGGUAGGGUUCACUUCCAGUUUUCCCUGAACUUGGAUACACCAAGCAUGUACUGCUUUCCUCCCUCCACAAUACUUCUGAAGUGUUUGUUUUUUAACAAUCUGUUUAUUCGAUCAAGUACACAAACAGUCCGUAACAAGAAUUCCCAAUUACAAUGCAUGUUUUUCAUGAUUUCCUCAGACCUUGGAGUUCCUGUCGCUGAUGACUCGGUUUGGUGAGAUGGGCUUUGAGAAGGACACCAUCAAGGAGGUGCUGCUGGUGCACAACAAUGACCAGGACAAGGCUCUGGAGGACCUCAUGUCCCGCGCCACAGCCAGCUGA